AUGAAGUCUCUAUUCCCGAUAGCAGCCAAGUGCCGUGGCAUCGUGCAUUCACACAGUGGCUGGAACAGGGCACCGAACCCGACAGACUCGCAGGGAAGCAGCUGGAAAAGUUUCGGCUAUCGUCAGAGCUCGAACCUGGAUGAAUCGUCACAGAAAAAGCGCAGUGUGCCGAACGCUGGACGAUCCAUGUUUCGACACACGAGGCUGCUUGUUAACGAGCUUUAUCGAACGUUGUUUGAAAACGAGCGGAUCGACCUGCAGCAAAAGACCCGAAAGUAG